AUGCGGGCCGUGAUCUGGCUGAUCCGGCUGCCUCAGUGUGAUCCUGGCCUGCGCGCAGUCUGCAAGGCAGCGCGCAACCUGCAGAGAACGCGCGCUGGGAUCAAGGGCAAAUGCGCAAUGCUGCCAGCCAGGCGCUGGCAGUGGCAGGCGCAGUGGAGGUUGGGAUCACUGGCAUUUGCGCUGCGGCAUCCAGGGCCAUUGAUCCUGCAGCGUCACUGGAUCACAGGUCACUGGAUCACCCGCCCGCCCACUACAAAUACUCUCCCCCACCCGCGUCUCCUUCCCGUCUUCCUCCCUCUUUCAUCCAUCCACUCAACGACAACCCUCGGUGAUCUUUAUCGACUACAUCACUUUCCCAUCGGAUUACCAUCAUCUACAAUGGCUCGCACAAAGCAGACUGCCCGUAAGUCCACUGGUGGCAAGGCCCCCCGUAAGCAGCUUGCUUCCAAGGCUGCCCGCAAGGCCGCCCCCUCUACCGGAGGUGUCAAGAAGCCUCACCGCUACAAGCCUGGUACCGUCGCUCUCCGUGAAAUCCGUCGCUACCAGAAGUCCACCGAGCUGCUCAUCCGCAAGCUCCCCUUCCAGCGUCUGGUUCGUGAGAUCGCCCAGGACUUCAAGUCGGACCUCCGCUUCCAGUCUUCUGCCAUCGGCGCUCUCCAGGAGUCCGUCGAGGCCUACCUCGUCUCCCUCUUUGAGGACACCAACUUGUGCGCCAUCCACGCCAAGCGUGUCACCAUCCAGUCCAAGGACAUCCAGCUUGCCCGCCGUCUCCGUGGCGAGCGCUCUUAG